UUCUUCUUGGUUAACUUGAAGAUCAGAGCAUGCCAGCUGAAUGUCCAAAGAAAGAUGGAGAUAGAUUAGAGGAGUUAGGGAAGAAGAGAAAGCGAGCGGUAUCAUCAAAUAUUCCUCCACGACACACGCUGCACGGUCCUCCUAGGACUCUUAACACCAUUACUCCAUGCGCAGCCUGCAAGCUCCUAAGAAGAAGAUGUGGUCAACAAUGCCCCUUCGCUCCAUAUUUCUCCCCUCACGAGCCUCACAAGUUCGCCUCGGUUCACAAGGUCUUCGGCGCUCGUAAUGUCUCGAAGAUGCUCAUGGAAGUUCCGAAAAAUGAAAGAGAUAAUACUGCGAACAGUCUAAUUUAUGAAGCUAAUGUGAGGCUGAGAGAUCCUGUGUAUGGCUGCAUGGGCGCCAUUUCAUGUCUACAACACCAAGUCCAAGCGUUGCAAGCUACGCUCACUGCAGUUAGAGCUGAGAUACUGAGAUGCAAAUAUAGACAAGGUAAUAUGGUUUCCAUUGACGUACAGCCACCGCCACCGCCACCGCCUCAUCAGGAUGCUUCUUCCACUUCCUCCACCUUGUACAACCGGCCCACGGUGGCUGCUGAUUCAUCCUUUUUCGCAUUUUAG